AUUUUUUUAUUUUUUUUAUGACUCCCUUAUAAUUUAAAACUUUGUAAUGAGCCAUAGUCCCCCAACGCGAGGGGACUUCACUAUACAGCAACUCUGACAGGGGUUGAGUAUUCUUUGGGCUUGCAAUAUGCGUACGGUAGCAGCGCGACUCAGCCCUUAUUUAUGGAGGAGAAGGCCUAUAAAUUUACAACCCAUAAGGUUUUCUACUUCCAGCUUUGGUAGAGAUGAACAGUCAAUAGAGCAAGAAGCUGAAAGAAAAGUAGGAUGGCUCUUAAAAUUAAUAUUUGCUGGGACUGCUACGUUUAUUGGGUAUCAGAUUUUCCCAUACAUGGGAGACAAUCUGAUGCAGCAGUCUGUCUCACUUCUACAAGUCAAGGAUCCUUUAUUUAAAAGAAUGGGCGCAUCCAGAUUAGCUCGUUUUGCGAUAGAUGACGAAAGAAGGAUGAAAAUAGUUGAGAUUGGUGGGGCUCAAAAGCUUUUGAACAUGUUAGAGUCUGCCAGAGAUGAUCGGACGAGGAAGGAAGCCUUGAAGGCUCUUUUUGCGAUAUCAAAAUCAGAUGAGGCUGCUGUGGUCUUACAUCAAGCUGGAGCCAUAUCAAUCAUCAAGUCCACCCUCGAGUCCGCUGAGGAUGCUGAAGUCGGGACAUACAAGUCAAAUUUGCUGAGUCGAUUUCAAGAUUUAUCAUAUGAUAUUAGGUCUUGAGAUUACUAUUAUCAGGUCUGAUAUUCCCGUCACUUUCUUAGAAGUUGGCCAUAACGUCUUUACAUAGAUGUUUUAUUACAUUGCUGAACUUUUACACACUUUUUCUGAAGAAAGUUGAGAAAAUCCCUUUACCUUCUCCAAAAAAGAAAGUUGAGAGGAUCCUUACAUUGUUGUUACAUGUAAUUCGUGUUACAUGUCCACUAGAAAGCCAUGGUUAUGCUAGGUGAAAGCUCCCUUGUUUAAUGGGAUCUUAAACAUUGCUAGCGAGUGAGUCAAGCUAUAAUGUUGUAAACCCUUCAAGGGGCAUUAGAAUGGAAAAAUAAUCCGGAUGCCCCAUGCAAAGUUGCCACUGGCACACAAGAUCCUGUUGUUUUUCGUAUGAAUCGUCAUGGUUCUAUCACAUAUGAAGAAUAGACAAGUACAAAAAUAAAUGCCAUUUGGAUUUUUAGUUCGUAAA